CCCACCUUGUCAGUAGACCCUUAAGUGGGCUUGCACCACUCUGCCGGGCUCACUCUGCGCCACCAUGGCUUACAUCGCCAAGUCCUUCUACGACCUCAGUGCCAUCAGCCUGGAUGGAGAGAAGGUAGAUUUCAAUACGUUCCGAGGCAGGGCAGUGCUGAUUGAGAAUGUGGCCUCACUCUGAGGCACCACCACCCGGGACUUCACCCAGCUCAACGAGCUGCAAUGCCGCUUCCCCAGGCGCCUGGUGGUUCUUGGCUUCCCUUGCAACCAGUUUGGACAUCAGGAGAACUGUCAGAAUGAGGAGAUCCUGAACAGUCUCCAGUAUGUCCGCCCUGGGGGUGGAUACCAGCCCACCUUUACCCUUGUCCAAAAGUGUGAGGUGAAUGGACAGAAUGAGCAUCCUGUCUUCGCCUACCUGAAGGACAAGCUUCCCUACCCUUAUGAUGACCCGUUUUCCCUCAUGACCGAUCCCAAGUUCAUCAUUUGGAGCCCAGUGCGCCGCUCAGAUGUGGCCUGGAACUUUGAGAAGUUCCUCAUAGGGCCAGAGGGGGAGCCGUUCCGCCGCUACAGCCGCACCUUCCCUACCAUCAACAUUGAGCCUGACAUCAAGCGCCUCCUCAAAGUUGCCAUAUAGACAGGAGCUGCUCAGCACACAGACCUGCUCCAUCCGGUCCCUGAGCACCCUUCCUUGGCAUUCAGUGUGCAGUCAGGAGACACUGCUGGACCUAAGCUUUUGCUUGAGAUCAGUCCCCAUCACUGAAGAACCUUGCCCUUCCCAUCUGCCCAAUUCCUUUUCCUCUCUCAACCCU